AUGCCAGUCUUGAAGGACGCCAUGCCCCUCAUGAAGGAGCCCCAUCCCCUGCCUCAGGCCCCGCUUCCCUGGAUCCUCCCAAGCCUGUUUGCUGCCUUCAAUGUGGUGCUGCUGGUAGUUUUCAGUGGCCUUUUCUUUGCAUUCCCUUGCAGGUGGCUGGCCCAGAAUGGGGAGUGGGCUUUUCCUCUUGUCACAGGCCUCCUCUGUGUCCUCACCUUCUUCAGUCUCGUUUCACUCAAUUUCUCAGACCCGGGCAUCUUGCAUCAAGGCUCCAAUGAACAGGGCCCCAUGAUGGUGCAUGUGGUGUGGGUGAACCAGAGGGCCUUCCGUCUGCAAUGGUGCCAAAAGUGCUGCUUCCACCGCCCGCCCCGGACCUACCACUGUCCCUGGUGCAACGUCUGUGUGGAAGACUUUGACCACCACUGCAAAUGGGUUAAUAACUGCAUUGGUCACCGCAACUUCCGCUUCUUCAUGCUGCUGGUCCUGUCCUUGUGCCUCUACUCGGGUGCCCUGCUGGUGACCUGCCUGAUCUUCCUGGUGCGCACAACCCACCUGCCCUUCUCCAUGGACAAAGCCAUGGCCAUCCUGGUGACCGUACCCGCCACCGGCUUCCUGGUGCCACUCUUCCUGCUGCUGCUGAUCCAGGCCAUGUCGGUGAGCGCGGCCCAGCGCUCCUGCGAGGGUAAGUGCCGAUACCUGCAGGGAUACAACCCCUUCGACCACGGCUGUGCCAGCAACUGGUAUUUAACAAUUUGUGCACCGCUGGGACCCAAGUACAUGACUGAAGCUGUCUGGCUGCAGAGAGUGGCGGGGUCUGACUGGGUGCCCAUGCAGAACCUGCACUUCCCAGUGUGCCCCUCGGUGCUCAGUCCCCCAGCCCUCCCAGAGCCUGGUUCUGGCCCCCAGCCCCAACCUCUGAGUCUCCACAAACCAGGGAAGGUUCCCUCAGGGAGAGGCUCUAGCCCUCCAGGAGGUAAGAAGAGAGAGAGAGAGAGAGAGAGAGAGAGAGAGAGAGAGAGAGAACUUGUGUGUGUUGGGAGAGGGAUUCUGUGGAUAUUACAAGUGUCGGGGGGAACCCCCUCACCCCAUGUUUAUCUGGCCCUGAGACUGGAGCACUCAGAGCUUGAGGGAGGGGGAUCAUAGACCUGAGGAGUGCUGGAAGUAAAGUCACAGUCCUCAGAAUACACCAGGGGUCCCUGGAGACAUAAAGAGAAAAGACCACUUGCUGGUUGGCCUGAGGCCACUUACCCUUUCUGGGUGUCUGUUUCCUCAGCUAUUAGUGACUGAGACUAGGCCAGUGGUUCAUAAUUCUGAGAUUGGAGCCCUUUAUUUAAAGGCAACUUUUACUCUGAAGCCCAACAUAUGAAAUGCCUGGAAGUGGACCAUUAGGAAUGAAGUGGGGGUGUGUAAUCCACAGCCUCCUCCUCCCCCAGGGCCCCUGCAGUGACAUUCUGUGGGAC